ACGUGAGACGAAGCAGAGUCAUAAUUCGGGAUGGGGAGGACUGAUUUGACGUGAAUGUAGUUGCUCCUGCUCGCGUGUCUAUACCUGAGAACCCCACCGCGUUUCAAUGAGAUUGAGAUGCCAGGCGGCUUGGCCAGGCGGAUCGUUAUCGAGCAUGCCAGGCGGACUGUCCUUGUCGAGGCUGAUCGCGAGCAUGUCAGGCGGCUUGGCCAUCAUGCUGGCCUUGACCGAGCGUAACUGGUUGGGAUAUUUCAGACUCCGUAGCCAAAUGUAGUCGCUGCCAGUGCUUCUUCUCGUUCUCCAGCCCUUCCCCUCGUCACCCGACCGCUCCUCUUUCCGCGCGGUCAUCCAUUUCUCAGCCUUCCUGUGUUUAGGGCAUGCCCUUCACUCACUCCUCCGCCUCCUCCUCCUCCUCCUGCAUGUCCUAGGGCAGCCUCUCUUCGUCACGAAGUAGACACAUUCCCCUACAGGCAGGUGUCUGACCUGAUCCACCUCCUCUCUGUUGUGCUCUGGUGUGCGACGUCGGCUUUGAACUCCAAUUGACAGGUGGAUUUUCCGCACCCACUGCCGCCGCGGGCUGCCUCCAGGGCCCCGUUGAUGUGGUGUGCCUGGUAUUCGGAGCUCGCUGGGCCAGUGACGGUCUGCAGCGAGCCCCCUUCUCCCUACGGUCGGACCGAGGUGCAGGAUCGGGGUCGGCUCGGGGAGGGUGCCCUACCGUUCUUCGUGUUCGGUGGAUGUUCUUUGCGUGUUUGCUGGAUGCUCUUCGUGCUUCAGGAGCAGGAGCAGGAGCAGGAGCGCAGAGGGCAGAGGGCGGAGGCACCGCCGUCGUUGGCGAGGGCCUCCUGCUCCGUACACUUCCGGCGGCCACCGUGCAGACGCGGCCGCGUGGCGUUUCGGGCCAGCCUGAAGCUGCUCCUCCCCCUCCCGCCUCUUUCUCUCGUCCUCUUCCCCUUUCCCGCCCUGCCUCCCUCUCCUCUCUGUCCUUGGCACCGCGCCGAGCAGCCCUCACGCAAUUGUCGCCGACCAGAUGUGACGCGCUCGACAAAGCCGGCCGGGCGAGUUUGAAGUGGAGGCAUGGGGCCUCUGACCCCCCCCGGAGGGCUAUUUUCCAAGGCGCCCGCGCCCAGAGGAGGGUGGCGGUGUGCCAGUGUGUGCUUGUCGAGCUUUUCGGGAUCUCUUGGUGGUGCUCGACGCGAGUCGCGAACAAA